UUGUGUUCACGGGCUGUCACUCUGUCUGGGGGCGUAGUGAUUGUGACGCGACGCUCGCUCGCACGCGCGCAGGGCACACGCGAUGAUAAGAGUCUAUAAAACUUUACGAAAGUAAGAGGAACAGAUGAAGGUGGACUUUUAAAUUAGUAUAAACACAAAUAAAAGGCUCGUGUCUUUACUCACGUGUCCGUGAAAACUGCAGCUGCGUCUAACUUCAGAAAAUCUGCUUUUAUUAAUGGAGCUCCGGUUCAUCUGUCUGCUUGUGAGCGCGUGCCUGUGUCCACCCUGCGCGCGCACCUCAGUGUCAAACUGUUGUGAGGGAGAUAUUUUACUUCUACUGGACUCAUCUGGUAGGGUGAACUCUAAUGAGUUUUCCAAACUGCUGCAGUUCCUCUCGGACCUCCUGCGACCGUUUCUAUUGGGUCGUGGUCAGGUGAGGGUGGGGCUCGUGCAGGCAGGAACCAAACCAAGAUUGGAAUUUGGCCUGGACACCUACAAUACCCAGAAUGCCCUACGAGAUGCACUGGGGAGGACGCAGCAACUCCAUGGAGAGACAAACACAGAUGAAGCUUUGCGAUUGGCUCAGAGAAUACUGCGUGAUGAUGCCAAAGCAGAAGCUCCGCCCAGAAUACUUCUCUGGCUCACCGAUGGGGUUUGGUCAGGGGCAGCGGAAGGACCAAUGGCAGCGCUGCGACGGCAGGGCGUGUCCGUAUUGGCUGUUUCAACUGGACCGGGAAAUUAUCAAACGCUUCUAAAUGUGGUGACUCCGCCCACUGAAACCCAUCUGUACUUUGUAGAUGUUGAUGACAUCAGCAUCAUUACUGCAGACCUGAGGGAGGCCAUCAUAGAGCUGAUUCGUGCGGAGCGCCUGCAGGUGCGUGAUGUUCAUUCCCACAGCGCUGUGCUACAUUGGCGGACGACUCUCAGUGAAGGUCUGAGGAGCUAUGAGCUUCUCUACGGGCCCGACAUCUCUAAUGGCACCAGUAACAAACUCACCGUACCCAGGGACUUCAGCUGGACCGAACUCAACAACCUGCAGCCCGACACGAGCUACACCGCCCGGCUAAUUCCUGAAACCAAUGCUCCCAACAUCAAAACCCUCAGUGUGACCUUCAGAACUCUGCCUGAGCAUUUCGGUCCUGUCACAGUGAUGGUGUCAGAUUUGGGUCCAGACCGCUUGCGUGUGAGGUGGGAUCCGGUCCAACGCCAUCAGGUCCAGCAAUAUCGUGUGGAAUAUGGGUCGAUACCCAGCGGGUCGAUUCGUACUUUGACUCUGCCCUCGUAUCAAAACUCUGCCCUCCUUAAACGUCUCCAGCAGCACACUGAAUAUCUCAUCACCGUCACUGCACUGCACUCGUCAGGCCAGCAGAGGGCGAUGUCCAUCAAAGCCUGCACACAGGAAGUCGUCCCUGCGCUCCUUGACCUUCAGCUGAGUCCAGUGGGGCGGGGUUCAGUGCAGGUUGAUUGGCGGGGAGGUGGAGAGGAGGGGCUGAUGGGAUAUUGGGUGAGUUGGAAGAAUGAAGAUCGGCCUUCAUCGUCUUCGUCUUUCUCGCGGUUUCUGCCUCCGCGUUCACUUUCCACCCAGCUGACAGAUCUGUGUAACAGCAGUCGGGUCUGUGUAUCACCCGUGUAUCGGAGCGUCAGGGGCGAGGGCCUGUGCUGUACCGCACACACUUAAACUUAACUUAACUUAACUUAACUAUAACACAUAUAUAUAUACUGCUAUUACUUCAUAAAACAAUAUUUUCUUUACUAAACCGAAUCUGUCCAAAUGGCAUCCAACACCUGAUUAUAACAUCUGACUGAAUUAAGAUCAUCAUGUCACACAAAUACAGCUCAUUAAUACAAGCAGAGAUCUGUUUAACUGUUACUGGACUCAUCUGAUCUAAACUAAAUAUUAACUAUUAAAUUAAUAUGAACUGAAUCAAACUGGUUUGGGUUAAUUUAAACUAACCUUCAUUAUAGCACACACACAUACACAAGUGUAUGAACAGCGGUAUUGAGUUGUGUGAUGUGUGUGUGUGUUUGUUUGUUUGUGUGUCUGCUGACACCUGGUGGCCAUCAGACAACAACAACAUUAACCAGAAGAGAUGUAUGAGAAAAAUAAAUGUGUUUCUAAUGUGACAUAAACAACUAUGAAUUAAAUAUUCUUGUUUUUAGGAGAAAUUAAGAGGGUUUUGUAAUGUUACCCAGAGAAUAAACACAGCGUCCGCUCACAAUUCUUUGCAAUUUUUACUCUAAUUUACAUUGUUCUUACUAUAUUGCUCAAAUAAAUGUUUGUAAUUAUAAAGUAGUACAUUUUUAUGAAUUAAUAAUGUUUUUAAUAAGAUCGUUAUGAUGGUAACAGGGUUAAUACAAAACCUAAGAAAUCAUAUACAGAUCAAUAAUAAUAUACAGGAAAUAUAAAGAGAAAAUAAAGCAUAAGAAGAUAAUCAAAAUGUGUAAUAUUUUAUAUUAAUUUGAUGUAUUUUUGUGUGUCGCUUUGAAUUAAGUCGUUUGCUAAAUGCCUAUAUGUAAUGUAUAUACUGUAUGUUUUACAAUAAUAUCACACCUGCAUCUUUAUAAGAAGAUCUAUA